AUGUCGUUUCUGCUGAGCCGUGGCGGCCGGAAGGGGCCCAUCAUAUGCUUCGUCGGGCUUCUACUGGUGUUCGCCCUCUAUCAACUGGGCAUCAUCUGCGGUUCUAUGAAGUACGUGCCCACCGCUAUGAUGGUCGCCAAAGAGAAAUACGUGAUGGGCCCGUUCGAUCACAAGAGGUACACGUACGAUCGGUACAUGCCGUUGAUUUUCAUCGGUGGCGUGCCACGGUCCGGCACCACUCUGGUACGCGCUAUGCUCGAUGCACAUCCCGAUGUCAGGUGCGGCCAGGAGACGCGUGUCAUACCGAGGAUCCUGCAGAUGAGGAUGCACUGGCUCAAGUCUGAGAGGGAGAACCUGCGACUUUCGGAAGCGGGCAUUUCGAAAGAAGUAAUGGACAGCGCGAUAGCCGCGUUCUGCCUGGAGAUAAUAGCACGACACGCCGAGCCAGCGCCGCGAUUGUGCAACAAGGAUCCGCUCACGUUGAAGAUGGGCUCUUACAUUCUCGAUCUCUUUCCAAAUGCCAAGUUUAUCUUCAUGAUUCGCGACGGCCGUGCCACCGUGCAUUCCAUUAUCUCGAGAAAGGUGACAAUCACGGGUUUCGAUCUCUCGUCUUAUCGACAAUCGUUGAUCAAGUGGAACCACGCGAUCUCCAUAAUGUACGGCCAGUGCAAGGAAAUCGGUUCGGAAAAGUGCUUGAUGGUGCCGUACGAGCAACUAGUACUGCAUCCACGUCAAUGGAUGAAGAAGAUCCUAAACUUUCUCGAUGUUCCUUGGAACGAAUCCGUGAUGCAUCACGAAGAAUUCAUUAACAAGCCAGGCGGUGUACCGCUGAGCAAGGUGGAGAGGUCGUCGGACCAGAUCAUAAAGCCGGUGAAUCUCGAGGCUCUGACCAAGUGGGUAGGCCACAUUCCAGACGACGUGGUCAGAGAGAUGCCUGACAUCGCGCCGAUGCUUUCUGUCCUCGGCUAUGAUCCUUAUGCUAAUCCGCCGGUCUACGGAGCACCGGAUAGGCUGGUUAGCGAAAACACCAGACGGGUGCUAGCGAAUGGCGAAGUAUGGGCGGCCAGAGCGCGUCAGUUCUCUCUAGAGAAGCUAAUCGAGCUGAGCAAAGAAGACGAGGCCACGAAUGCACCAAACGCGUGACCACGGCCACACGUUCCCCUAGGCACGCGAUUCUUCAACCUGUACAAUUUCUGUAACGUCUAACACGACGAUCCUGGGAGAGCCAGUUUCUAACGAGUACUAUUUGGAAGGGGCCGCUAAGGGAGCGUUCUUUUCUUCCUUUUCCUUCUUAUUUCCCUUUUUUCCCC